AGCACGAGAUGCUGACAGAUUCCUGAUAGAUGUGCAAAAUGGCGCAAGCAAGUUCUACCCCUGCGAGCCACCAAUUGUUGUAGUUCAUGAACGUGAAGAGCUAGCUGUAUGUCUCUUUUCUUCCGAUCGCCUCACGUUGUUUUUAGUAUCGUAUUAUAUUUCAAAGUGAUUAAAUGGCUACCAGAAGGCUCUGCCUUGUUCCAUGCAUUUUCGGAUUGCUCCUCAACGCUUUAGUCGGUGUGACAUCGGGAGCAGAGCUGUCCUUCACGCUGGAGCCCAGUGACAUCAUCGCGGUGCAGGAGCAGCCCCUCAUGCUGCACUGUCAGGUGGACGGCAUCCCACCAAUCACCACGCAGUGGAGGCGGAACGGAGUCCUCCUGGUGGUUGACCAAUACUACACCAUGUUCCACAACGGCACUCUGCUGAUUGGACGCUUCCAGAGGACCAAGUCUGACGGCUCAACUGAUGAAGGGGAUUAUGAGUGCGUGGGCCAGAACUCCUUUGGUCUGGUGGUGAGCCGCAGGGCCAGGGUGCAGGCCGCCACGAUGACGGAGUUCCAUGUCCAGCCGCGGUCAGUGCGUGCGGAGGAGGCGGGCAUGGGGCGAUUCCAGUGCCAGAUUCACGGCCUGCCUGAGCCUGCCAUCAGCUGGGAGAAAGAUGGCCGCUCCGUGGACACUAAGGAUGAGAGGUAUACCCUGCUCCCCACUGGUGUUCUGCAGAUCACCGGUCUGCGUCAGGAGGAUAGUGGUGUGUUCUGCUGUGUGGCCCACAACAGUGCAGGAGUAAAGCACAGUGCCGGGGCUCGCCUCACCGUCUCAGUAUCCCAGUCUUCUGUUUACAAAGAGCCCAUGAUCCUCGUGGGUCCUGAAAACCUCACUCUCACCGUUCACCAGACGGCCAUCUUGGAAUGUGUUGCCACAGGAUAUCCCCGCCCCAUCGUGUCAUGGAGCAGGCUUGAUGGCCGUCCGAUAGGUGUGGAGGGCAUCCAGGUGCUGGGUACAGGGAACCUGAUGAUCACAGAUGUCGGGGUCCAGCACUCUGGCGUCUACGUCUGCGCUGCCAACAAACCAGGGACCCGUGUACGCAGAACCGCUCAGGGACGUCUGGUGGUCCAAGCCCCGGCAGAGUUUGUGCAGCCUCCUCAGUCCAUCUCCCGGCCGGUGGGCACCACUGCUAUCUUCACCUGCCAGGCGCAGGGCGACCCUGUGCCCCAGCUCACCUGGCUGAAGAACGGCCAGAUCCUGGAGCCUGGAGGGCACGUCAAGCUCAGGAACAACAACACCACGCUGACCAUCUAUGGCAUCAGUCAGGAGGACGAAGCCAUCUACCAGUGCAUCGCUGAGAACAGCGCCGGCUCCACCCAGGCCAGUGCCCGCCUCACCGUGCUGUGGGCAGACGGCCUGCCAGGGAUGCCCAGUGUGGUGCGGGCCGAGGCCCUGUCACCCAACGCCAUCCAGGUGUCCUGGAAGGAGUCCGCCCAGGACACUCAGGAGAUCAUCGGCUACGUGCUCCACAUCCGUAGGACCACAGACCCUGUGGAGAUGGAGUACCAGGAAGCCGUCAGUAAGGUGACUCUACAGCAGGUCGUAGGUGAUCUGGAGCCCUCCACCGGCUACACCUUCUAUGUGAAGGCUUACACGUCCCGCGGAGCCAGCAAGCCCUCCGAGAGCGCCACCGAGAGCACGCUGGGCGAAGUGCCAGCACCCCCAUCACUGUUCAUUAGAUUGGUGAACAGCAGUGUGGUGCAGGCGGUGUGGGAGCCAUCCUCUAAGAUGGGCCAAUAUGAGGGCUUCAGGCUGUACUACAGGAGGGUCCACACCCCCCUCUUCACCGGACCACUCACCUUCACCCGCAACGUCACCCAGUACAACAUCACCCAGCUGGAUCCAACCCUGGUGUAUGAGAUUAAGGUUCUGGCCUUCAACCAACACGGAGACGGCAACGCCACCAUGCGCUUCGUCUCACUGAAGGAGGCUGUGGAGAAAUCAGUGCUGAACACCCCCUGUGACUGUGUGAAAGAUGAACAGAGCAAGACCUCUACAACCGGCAUCAUCAUCGGCAUCCAUAUAGGAGUCACCUGCAUCGUAUUCUGCAUGCUCUUCCUCAUGUUCAGCUACAGGGGGAGGUUGAUGACGUGCAAGACAGUGCAGGCCACCCCCCAGGCCGGGCGUAACAUUGCCCUGGAGUUGUCCUCCACCUCCCAGAGGGCCCUGGCCUUAAACGGGGUGAGCAGAUCAGGCAUGGAAGGGAACGGCAGCCUUGCUGGGAAGAGCAGGGGAGACAGCAACGAGCUGGAGAGACUCUUCUCAGGCCCUUCCCACUGUGGAGACCUAGCAGACAGUUCACGCAUGUUGGAUAGAUCCCUGGUGUCCUGUGCGCUGAACGAGACCCAGUUGUCCACUCUGCCGCUGGUUGACUUCAGCCUUGUGGUGGAGAGGGACAGAGAGACGCAGUUCCAGAGGCCUCCAGCAGAGGGCCGGGGGGCCAGUGACAGGGCUGUGGCCGGGGUCACCCAGCAGAACCAGACCUGAUAGAAGCAUGAACGUCAAGUCUGUGACACGGUCACAGUGUCACCUCAGACUCGUAUCACACUCAGGUCGACCGAAGUAUUUCUUUUCCUAUUCGUUUUUCUUUGUGCAAAGAAUUGUAUUAUUGGUAAGUUAAAUAAGUCGCCUCUGGAAAAGUUAUAGGGUCUUGGACUCAUUCUUGGAGGUGUCCCCGGCCUAGGUGUUUGGUGCGCUUUUGUGAUGGACAGCUAGGUUUUAGCUUUGGCAGGUGAAUUAAGUGUUCUUGUUUUUUUGUUUUACUUCCUUCAUUUUCUGGUUGCAGAAUAGAUAUCCAGAAUGUCUUUGUUAUACACUCAUCAUCUUAACUCAGAAUCGAAUAUGUUUUUAUUCCUCUACUAUCUCACAAAAUGGUUCUAAGUUAUUGUUCUUAUUUCUACUAUUUCUUUCAAUGUCAAAGACUGCUGCCUCCUCUCAGCCUAGCAAGGAUUCCACAAACGCAUCCAACAAAGACUUAAGGCCUUCUUCCAGUGAUUUCAUAAAUUCUCUGUCUCAGGACUUUUCUUUUCAGUGAUAUCAAUGGUUUUUUUAUUAGUUCUCGGCCUUCAUACAGGUUCUUAACUUGGCUCUGUGAACCUUAGGAUUCAACAAAAAACUACCUCAGCCGGAAUGAAUGUGACGUGGGAAACCUUUUGGGUCCGUCUUUUCCCCCUGCGUUCAGUUACUUUGACAUGUGGAGCGAUCGGUUCGUAAAACACGAGAACAGGUGCCACGCUACCUCAGAUGUCAAGAACCGCCGCUCUCCUGCUUGUCGAAGCGAGGGGGGGGAAAAAAAGAAGAAGAAAAAUCAAACGGAAAGCACUUCAAAACGCUGAAGUCCACGUUCUACCUCAAGAUAACAAUGUUGUAGUUGUUCUUUCUUUCAUAAUGAAACAUGUACUUCUGUUGUGAGAGCUCCUGGCUUCCCUCCGUCGAUGAAUUGCUGUUUGUGGAUAUGUCAGUACCUCAUGCCAGUUGACAGAUGAUAUUGUUGUAAGAAUUCUACUUGUAAAAGACAUUUUUUCAUAGUUUUCCAUCGUGUUUGCGUGAGAUAUUUUCUCUUUGUUUUAUUUGAAUCUUAGUUGCUUCUGUUGAUUGAAAAGACUGUUAGCGUUGCACUGCACUGCCACUAAUACUUUCAGGACAGUUUUACUGCUAUGUGAGAACUGCUGCAGAUAUUCCAUUGGGCAGGUGAGGUUUUAGUUACAUUUACACUUAUAUGUGUAUUUAUGAAUGAUUUCAGGAUGGAAUUGUGCGUGCGUGUGUGUGUGUGUGUGUGUGUGUGUGUGUGUGUGUGUGUGUGUGUGUGUGUGUGUGUGUGUGUGUGUGUGUGUGUGUGUGUGUGUGUGUGUGUGUGUGUGUGUGUGUGUGUGUGUGUGUGUGUGUGUGUGUGUGUGUGUGUGUGUGUGUGUGUGUGUGUGUGUGUGCGGUAUAUGUGAUGUAUUUAGAUAAAUAAGCACAAAUGUAUCAAAAUGUCAUUGUAGGCGUUGACAACCACAAAUAUUAAUGUAUCUGAUAUGAUCCCAGGUAAUUGGCUUUUCAAUUGGCAAUAGUGUUGUUCUAAUCUGAUUUUUUGGGCUCUGCUUGUCACUCACUCCGAGCUGUGGCACAGUGCACUCCUCUUGUUAUAGUUCAUCAAUUCAAAUCAAUUGUCUGCUGUCGUAAUAGCCAAGACUUCUCGAGCCUGUCCAUCCCAGAUCCCUCACUCCAUCCCUCCUCCACACUGGCAAAUUAAAGUGCUUCAGGAAAACCUUUAUCACAGUGCUGCAUGCAAAUCCAGAGGGAGAUGGUUUAACAGGUGGACCAUAGGUAUUAACUCACAGCCUGAGCAAACACACAGUCAACUUGAUGUUAUUAGACUUGGAUCUGAUCCAGGGUCAGAUCUGGGAGUGCCACCACCACUGCUCCACCUGUUACUCCAGAACCAUGCUCUCUGGAGCUGGAGCGUCCCUGAGGCAGAGCCAACCUGAGCCAGGCCAGUACUCUUACGGUAGCCUGGGUUAGGGCCGCUGUCCGACGGACACCCUGUCUUCUCCCUGGCUCUCUCUACUGUAGAGAUAGAUCACAUUUGAACUCUCACGUAAUGGCCUAUAGCAGUAUUACUCUGGUAACCUACCUCAACCCCGACACGACCGUCCUGCUCUCAGGUUGCUCCCUCUCACACUCUGACCGAAACUUCUAUAUGUACAUAAAUAUAGACCACACACACAUAAUGACACACACACUCCUAGGGAAGGGAGGAUGUCUUCAGGGCCUUGUGGUAGUGCAGUUGUGUGACAGAAAAACUUUAUGCUUAGCUUUUUGUCUUUAUGCUUAGCUUUUGUGGAUGUGAAUGUAUCACAAUUGUUUUUAUUACAUUUUUGUUGUAUUAGAAGCUUUUAUGUUUUUGUUUUUUCACUCAGCCUUGAAUGUCUUUGAACAUGUGUCUGUUAUAGACUAAUAAACGAGGGCAUCAAACACUCACUGCAAACUGUAGUACAGCUACUCGGUAUAAACUGUAGUACAGCUACUCACUGCAGACUGUAGUACAGCUACUCACUGCAGACUGUAGUACAGCUACUCACUGCAGACUGUAGUACAGCUACUCACUGCAGACUGUAGUACAGCCACUCACUGCAAACUGUAGUACAGCUACUCGGUAUAAACUGUAGUACAGCUACUCGGUAUAAACUGUAGUACAGCUACUCACUGCAGACUGUAGUACAGCUACUCGGUAUAAACUGUAGUACAGCUACUCGGUAUAAACUGUAGUACAGCUACUCACUGCAGACUGUAGUACAGCUACUCGGUAUAAACUGUAGUACAGCUACUCGGUAUAAACUGUAGUACAGCUACUCACUGCGGACUGUAGUACAGCUACUCGGUAUAAACUGUAGUACAGCUACUCAGUAUAAACUGUAGUACGGCUACUCAGUAUAAACUGUAGUACAGCUACUCACUGCAGACUGUUGUACAGCUACUCACUGCAGACUGUAGUACAGCUACUCAGUAUAAACUAGUACAGCUACUCACUGCAGACUGUAGUACAGCUACUCAGUAUAAACUGUAGUACAGCUACUCACUGCAGACUGUAGUACAGCUACUCAGUAUAAACUGUAGUACGGCUACUCAGUGUAAACUGUAAUACAGCUACUCAGUAUAAACUGUAGUACAGCUACUCAGUAUAAACUGUAGUACGGCUACUCAGUGUAAACUGUAAUACAGCUACUCAGUAUAAACUGUAGUACGGCUACUACUCUUUUAUUCCCAGAACCCUCCUCACAGAUGAUGUGCAGCAACAGGUGUUUGUAAAUACAGAUAAUGAACAGUCACCAGUUCUCACCCCUGAUUUAUUGCAAGGGGUUUCUGCAGUUAUCAUACUCAAAUUGUGUUAAUAAUUGGAGUAACUCUUAUUAGAUAUGAAAUACUGUACUCGAUAUAAAUCAUCUCCUGUAAAGGCACACACAUAUUCCUACCUUCCUAGGCUGCAGUCAUGUUGGUCCAAUAUGUUUGAGUUCGAUCGUUUAGAGCAGCCGGUGCUCUCAUCUCUUUGUAGUUGGCUGAUUAGAGGAAGUGUGUGCAGCGCUUGGUCCAUUCUAGACUUGACAUGGUAACGACACUAGCCUGAAACGGACUGGUUAAAUAAAUGGGGUGUGUGUUAAAGCCGGGCUGUAGAACUGUGUUUCUGUUAGACUAUCUAUUGUACAGUGGUAAUGCACAUUACAUUCCAGAGACUGUGUGUCAGUCAGUGUGUGCUCCUCCGGGCAGAGGGUUUUUAUUGUACGAUGCAGUAGAAGUCGUUGUUGUUAAUGCUUUGCAUUGUUGCCGAAAACGUGGAACCAGAACUCGCCUGCAGUAAUUCUGUACGUUGUGUUUGUUUGUUUCGUUCACCGUGCGUUUCUUAAAUUGUCUUCAUUUCUUGUAUUGUUAUUGUACAUGAUGGUAGAUUUACAUUGCAAGUCUUAGUAAACCAUAACGAUAGUUGUCAAACUAGCAGAAAGAAAUGCCUCAGAAAUGUCACACGUGUAUUUAUGAACUGUUGAUGUAAUGUUCUCUCAUGUGCGUCUUUAAAAAUGUAAAAGAUGUGGAGGGGAGGAGGGGUCUCUCCAGAUAAACCAGAGGUACUUUUUCUUUGUAAUUUACGGUUAAUUUCCGAUGCUGGAAAUUGCCCACAUCUCAUCCCUGAUUUGACAGGUUUUAGUACCAUACAGUGCACAACUUAUUUACCCUUCACCCAGAAUGCCGAGCUGUAAAUUGAGGCAUCAUGUUUACAUGAUUGAUAUGAUCAUGAUUCUCCCAGUGCUUUACACUCCUAUAGAUCAGUGUUAAGAGCUGCCCUCUGUGAUCAACUGCCGAAGCCGCUCUAGUCUAUUCUGACUUAUUACCACUCCAUUGGCUGGUGAGAUGAGAUUCUCCCGCUAUCUAUUCUCAGCCCUGCUUCUUCCUCUCGUGAGAUUCCUGUCCGUGGAGUGUGUUUCUCUGGACAAAGAGAGAGUGGGCUGACUGUGCUCAGGGAACGUCUAUCUAAUCCUUGUGUUGUAUUUGUCACAGCGGAACAUGGACUGGGCGCUCCACUAUGAGAGUCCAUGUUAUUUAGUACAAUCUUCCUCUCACAGUGCUCUGACUGUGCUCUAUUCAACCAGUUUAGGGGGAGGGAUUGCCUUUUUUGUUUUUUCGACUAGGCAAAUAAUCAAGAAGAUAAUCUGUCCACUGUCACACAUACUGAGCAGAUAAUGGUAAUCCUCCAUGCAUGAAGAUGUGUAGCCUCAGUGAGCCACGUAUGUAGGGAUUCAUAAAUGAAGUUCACAACCGCUCUUCUUAGUAUGGUUUUGUCUCUCUUCCUUGCCCCUCUGUAAUGCCACCUCUCCCUACACACACACACACACACACACACACACACACACACACACACACACACACACACACACACACACACACACACACACACACACACACACACACACACAACACACACACACACACACACACACACACACACACACACACACACCAGCGACACACACACAACUUUGUAAAGAAAGGAGUGUUUGCCAGAAUUACCCCAUUGCCCCAGCUCUCCCCAGAGAGAAUCAGGGGAGAGACAUUAGCUGGUUUAUCUCUGGCCCCACAAGCCUAUUGAGAACUGGAGAGUAAACACGUCAAACCGGGAAUCUGUAAAACAAACAUUUUUUCUGUGUGACAAUAAUGUUACCAUUUCAGCUUUUUAAGCCUCUUCAUGAAAGGGAUGAAAUGUUCAAGCGUUUUCUCUGUUCUCUCACCCAGCCAUGGAAGGCGAGGGGAAACUCUGAAACUACUGCCGGCCAUCUUUUUUUCCUGGUGUUUUUUCUUUCUAUUUUUGCCGAUCCUUUUCAUGCUAAUUUGGACUCCUAAUAAGUUAGGAAUUCUCUUAACUGGCAGUUGCUGACCAGUGGCCACAAAGGAAAUAGUCAAGUAUCUACCAAGACUAAUAUAGACACUUGCACAGUCUUGUAGAAGUGAUUGUUUGCAUUUUAGAUCAUGUUACUGUAGGAGUAGGUACUCACGGUAUGCCACACUGGCCUGACAUCUUAAAACAAAGCCUCCCCCAAAACUGGUUUGGGCAUGAGUUAGUAUCUUAGUAAGAUUUGUUGCAACACAUCUAUGAAAUAUGGUGUGGUGUUGUAGUUACAUGAGAUACAACUCCAAGUCUGUCCAUGUCUUCCACAUUUUUUUGCUCAUAUUGUAGAAACAGGAGAAAGCGAGCUACAUAUUGUAGGAGCUUAGCGAAAACGAUUACAGUGAUAUCUCAUUGUUGACAUGUUUGAAGCCACAGUGGGUGUAACCAACGAACAAGGCCUGUUGAGGGAUUGGCCUUUUUGUCAUGCUGUAACACCACCCAGUUCAGAUGUAUUGAUCGUAUUGAUCACUGUGGCAACAAAUGACUAUACUUUAGAUUGUAAAUGGAUUGCAUUUCUGAUGCUAUUAUCUCUCAGAUAUCCUCCCAAGAACACAAUGACUGUACAUGGCAGAUAAUGCCGAUUUGAAGAUGGUCUAGUCAUUUGAAUUCUUGUAAUUUAAUGGUGAAUUAAUGGAAUUGUAACUUAAAGCAUGUUUGAGAUCAGUAGUAUAUUUGCACCUCUGUUGAGAAACAUGUUAAAUCCAAUGUAUUUCAGCCACAGAGAAAAAUCGUUUUUUUUUUUUAAACCAUAUCUUUCUCAGCUAUUCGCAAAUGUGCUGUUUCAGCAGAUUGCUAAAGUGUUCGUUUAUCAUUAUUGGAUUUGUGAUGGUGACACUGUGACAUUUAGCCAUUGGGAUAGGGCGAAUAUUGUCAUCUCAACAUGGUGCUACUGACGUUUCUAUUCCACACCGUUGGUCUACAUAUUUGAUAGUGUGUAUUUGCUGCAACUGUUUCUACUCAGAAAGACAUUGUUAUAUAAUCAUCCUGACUGCUUGUCGAUCAUCGCCGUACCUGUUAGUAUAACUCACGUUGUCCUGUUUGAUCCCUUUUCCACCACUAAGAGAUGUAAUUGAUUUCGCCGUCAAACCGUCAAAUCGAGUUCAUGGUCAUUCAACAGUGGAGACAAUGAACCUUUUCAGACAAACGUUUAUUAACAGGUUUUCGUGUUAAAGCUGUGCUUUAGAGGAGCGUGCGCUUAUGGAAAUACACACAAAGUUUGCGCAGCUUUAAUCUACAGUACAGACCUGCGUUGCUACGCCAUCAAGCGGGGAUACGAGAGCUGCUUGUAUCUACAGGAAAACCUGUGCCUACUUAUUGUAGCUACAGUUGAGCUUACACGGGUGGUAUUUCUGUCAUAUUUGAUCUCCUCUUACCCAGUUUGGUUGGCAAUAAUGACUGUAUCCCUCCUCACAAACCUGUGGCAUUCUCUCCACCAGGCACAGAAGCCACCAGGCACAUCGCACAGGGCAAGGAGGAAAGACUUUCCAAUGCAGUUACUAUACAUACGACUGUCAAAGUCAUUGUUGCUAAUGCUACUACCAUGCCAUUGGGUUAUUAUAUAGCCGCAAAAGUGCUAACCUAAACCAAAUGUCAAAUGCAGUGCCCAGCCAGUUUCUAUAGCCUCACUGUACCUUUAAUGUGGGGAAAGGUGCCUCGGUUUUUAGUGCUUGUGUUGGGUUUGAUAUAGGGACAGAGAUGGUGUGAUGAGAAUAGCCAGGCUAUGGAGAAGGAACUAAGAGAGCACAAACCUGUACAGUAUAGUAUAAUCAGCUGCAUAUUGUCUGUGGGGAGCUGUUCAGUCACAUCUGUCUGUCUGUCUGUCUAUCUAUAUGUCUGCUGAGGUCAGUGCCUCUGCCUGCCCUUGUGUCCCACAAUCAAAUUCAGGUCAAUAUCAAGUUUUUCCCGUCGGGGAUCAUUCUUUAUGUGUCCACAAAUGUGUGUUCUCUGUGAUACAGUAUCUGUAGUUGGUCGUGAUGGUUGGCCGUGAUUCACAUGUGUAUACAUAUGUAUAAUACUGUAUGUAUGUGUAUAUGUGUAUAAAGACAGACUAGAUCUUUUUUUAGUGGUUUGUAUUGUUUUAGAAGUCAUUGUGCCACACUGAUUAAAGGCAAAAGACGACAACAACGACAGUAAUAAACUAGCUCUA